UUUACCCUUUUUGAUCCCCAGUUAAUUAAAGAACCGUUGGGAAGCUCCAAAGUUUUUUGUCCGUAGAAUUUGAGGAAUCAAAAUAUAAACAGCAUUAGUGUUUCUUCCAUAAAUUUUCUUCUUGUGGUUUUGUUUAUUUUUUAUAUUCAUAUGAAAUAAAAAAGUUGCCAUACUUUCUUCUAUCCAAGUCCAAGCUCUCUGCAAAUAUGGCAAUCCCCUCCCCAUUAGAGACUUUCCCUUUCAUUUCUCAAUUUUUGAAAAAACUAGCCGUUUCUCUUUUCCGACUGCAAUUCCCUAUCCCUUUCGAAUUCCCUUAUAUAUUCUUAACUAUAAUCUUCACUAGAUUUAUUUCCGGAGAACUGAGAUUCAGAAAAUCUUUGUUGGGUUUCAAUAGAUUUUAAGCCAUGAGUUCUGGUCGUUGUGCUGCUUGUAGAUAUUUGAGGAGAAGAUGCACCCAAGAUUGCAUUCUCUCACCUUAUUUUCCCUCUAAUAAUCCCCAAAGAUUUGCUUCUGUUCAUAGAAUCUAUGGUGCAAGUAAUGUCACAAAACUACUUCAGCGACUUCCAACCCAUUUGCGAGCUGAAGCAGCAGAUUCCUUAUAUUUCGAGGCACAAUGUCGGCUUGAAGACCCUGUCUAUGGCUGCGUUGGCCUCAUAUUUCUGUUGCAGCAACAGAUACAUAGUGCAGAGAGUCAGCUAAUUAAGACUCAAGCCGAGAUUGCAGUUAUGAAAUCCCAGACCCAACACCCCCGAACUCAACCAUUCCCAGCAAUAUCCGGUUCCAACAAUUUGUUGCUACAACAGUCGGACAAUGAUGCCAACCUCAGUUUCUCCAACCAAGUUUCUUUUGGGUUUAUUUAAGAUUAAGAUUCGGUGUGUUCAAAUGUGGUGAAUAACACGAAACAAGCUUUAGUCAUCAUGCAGUAAAAGUGAUUUAUAUUAUAUGAAACUUAUGUUUUUAGGUUUUAUUAUAUGAUAGUGAUACCGUAUUCCUUGUUUUCCAGCACACCUAGCUACUCUACUCUUUUAUGUUCCUUUAAAAGCAUCAGUAUCCAUCACCUAUAUCCGAUGUUUAUCCAGAUGUGAAUACGAUGAUAUGAUCCUCCAAUGAUUCUUCAAACACAUUAAAAUCUUGGAAAAAAUUGAACAGACUCAUGUCGGACAUAGCUGAGUUAUUUAUCCUCAGUAUGAAAGCAGCUGUACUGCUUAAAUCAUAUUCCCCUGUGCUAUAGUUAUGCAGGCUCCCCUUGUUGACGACCAGUAUCACCAAAGAUAAAAUAGUCUUGACAUCUUUGCUCUAAUAUGGUUCAUUCUUGAUAGCUAAAGAAGCACUGAACCAGAUAAGAACUGGAUAAGUACAUCCAUGUACAGUGUUGUUAGUAUCUAGGAUCAUUAUACUGAGCAUUAUUAAAGUCUUUGUGAGAAUAAUUAUCAUACUCCUUUUGGAAAUGUCAUCUAAAAUUUGUCUUGUAAGUUGGGAGUUUCUCCAAUUCUGACCUGUGUGAGCGAGGACCUAAAUUAGUAAAGCAGAAUGAAUUAUUUCCAACAAUAACUGUUUCAUUCCCUCCUAAAUUAGUAUAGUCUUUGGUAUGCAUAUGGUAUAAAGUAAUAAAAAGGCUUCACAUACAGAUGUUAGCUGCCAUCAUUGGUUUCAGAAAGUUCCUCCUCUUAGUGUAAGCAUACUGCUCUUUUCUUUUUUUGUAAUCUGAACUUUGUGUUGUAUAAGCUGAGAGUUAGUUCUAUUUUGACCCGUGCAAGUGAGUACCCAAAUUAGUAAAGCAAGAGGAGUUAUUGCAUGACAGUUCUUUCCUCCAAGGUAUCUGCUACACUUUAAUUCUUUGUCAUAUAUCUGGUAUAAAGUAAUUAAAAAGGUUUCAAAUGCUGACUUAGCUACUGUUUAUCAUAUUGGUUCCUGAGAACUCUACCUCUUAUUUAUAUAUCGUGAUAGUUUAGUGAUAUAAUCAUUUGGUUUCAUGUUUAAGCUUUUAUAGCAACAGUUUUGCAAAGAUUUUUCAACAUUGAAUUCGUCUCAAUCUAGUCAGUUGCUACUCCCUUCUUACAGCUCAUCUUAGAAGUCCAGACCUAGUUUUUCUCUUAUGAUGGAAAUUUCAUUUCUCCAACAGCAAGCAGGAUAACCUGCUUUUGCAAAACUGAUGCAGAAUAAAGCAACAGGUUGCCAUCAGUUGUAAAACAAUGCAAAGCAUGAACAACAAUGAAAAUAGGGACAGAGAGUGUUAACGAGAUAACAUAUCAGCUUAAGAAUUCUGAUCAUCAGUAGCCCUAUGCAUCAUAGAAGUAUUAAUGAAGCAUGAAUUCUCUGUUGCUGUUCUGUACUUUUGCAUCUAGUUUUUCUCUGGAAUAAUAUGAACUCUUUAAAUUGAGUUAGCCGUCAAGCGCACAUAACUGAAUAGGAUUGCUGCUUUGUGGUAAUGACAUGUCUUUUGUGAUUUUGAGAUAGUGGCAUAACAGAACACAGGUUAACCUUAACAUGACCAACUGAAUUAACAAUGUCAUAUCUCGGCCAGAGAGUUAACCAUGAGCUUUUGACAGAGUGAGAGUCAAGAGUCUUAGCCAUCUAGCUAUAGUCCAAAAAUAUUUACUAAUAAACAAGUCUGGUUACCAGAAGACCCACUGCUGCUUGGAUAAAGUAAGCUAUUCCUCUUGCCAUUCAAGACUGCUGCAAAUUUACAUUUUAUUGCACUAUUCUUUAGCAUUUUAUAUUGACCCUUUGUUUUUUGUCAGAUUAAAAUUAUAAGUGUUCAUUAGAAGAUGAUGAGGGUCUUGUACAAGAGAAGGCAACAUGCGUUGAUUUUUGUACAGUUUAAGCCAGAUGGUGUUCUACUAGCUGACUCAACCCUCUACACCACAAGGCAUUGGAACUAGCAGAACUGGUUUGCGCAUUAACUUGUUGAAAUUUUGAACCCAAAACUUGAAAUCCAUAAAUUUUUCAUGAGGGAUUGAACUGUUAAAAUGAUGAUCCAUGAUACAUGUUGGUAGUAAGUUCAUAUUUAAAUGGUUGAAUCAGUUUAGGCA